AUGAGAAACCACCACCGCUACAAACACGCUGAAACCGAGAAGGACCAGGUCUUGGCACUUAACAACUACGCCGAAGGCUUCUUGGUGAAGCAGGGUGCGCGCGUCAAAAACUGGAAGCGCCGCUAUUUCGUAUUCCGCGACGGCUACCUGUCGUACCGUAAGGACCAGCGCGAGACUUCCAAAGUGUUGGGCACAGACGUCGUGCUCGACGUGUUCUAUUGGUCUGGUGCGGAAUUUGGUUUGUCCAUCAAGCUCAGCAGUGGCCGCUUGCUGUACAUAUCACCCGCGUCCGAGCAACAAGCUUGCGUUUGGUACGAGGUGGUGCAAGGCUACGUUAUGCGCCAGCAAUUGACCCGCCAGCUUCAGCACGUAAACCGGCAACGUCAAAAACACCUCGAGCCCAUUUGGGAAACCGAAAACGCCGCAGAGCAGAGCGCCGAGCGCAGUCAGUACAACCUCUUGCGGUAG